AUGAUGGAUCGCGAGGACGAAGUACGAGAAUUGCCAGCGGGAAGUGGAGAAGAACAUGAAGAGGCUGUAAAGUCACAAGGAGAAUCUCAAGAAGAGGAUAUGAUUGGCGAGGAAAGUGUUGAUGAAGAAAGUGAUGAUGAGGAAACCGCUCAUGGGGGAAAUGAUGAGAAGAAAAUUACGCCUAAGGACUUUUGGAUCACGGGGCUACCAGACCCAGAAGAUGCUGAAUUCAGGAAAUACACUCAUCGCACUCCAGUUGAGGGUACCCAUGGUCCAUUAAUUUACGAACCAGGGGACGAACAAUGCAGUAUGUGGGAGUCACAUCCGGACCAUGAGUGCUACUCGUCAUUCGGGGAUGGAGGAACAACAGCAACUGUGAAUGCGUUUGGACAACUCAUGCAAUUCAGCACUUAUCUUGGCCGGGGACAGUCUGGCAUGUUCUCUGUAGACCAUACAUGUAUCUGGGUGCCCUACUACCCUUCGGAUAGAGCGAAUAAACUGAAUGAUAUGUCCCGAGCCCGCAAUCGAGCUGGUAUGACGUACGGUGUAUAUUUCCCAGGUCUGAUUGUAGAAGAUGAUUUAGUCCGGAAAUAUGUACACUGUAGGUGGCCGCGGUAUGAAUACGAGAGCGAAAAGGCCAAAGUUGUCAAUCAAUGGAUGGUGCAUGAUGGAGUCGUUUUACAGCAGUGGCGCUUCACUAAUCUCGACACUGAAGAAAUCUCAACGAAAAUUGUGUUUUCGAAAGAUAUGUUCAUUCGGGAUGUUCAGUAUCAGACCUGGGACAGGUCCAACCUUCCUUCAGGUGCAAUUGACGACCACCACUUCUUGGGACCGGAAAGUUAUAGCUGGAUAUACUUGCAUGAAUUAUCGAAAGAUGACUCAACUAACAUUGGAGAAACUAGGCCAAUGGAUAAUUCUCUUGGAGUGAUCGUGUCUGUAUUCAUUGACGGUGUUGCCAUGAAAUUUCACUCCAACGAGGAACGGAAUUUAACCGUCGAAAUUAAACAAACCAAAGAAGUUGUUGUUGCAUAUAAGUUGGUAUAUUCAACAUCGGGGGUUUCAAAUGAUUGGAAACAGUUUUUGGUGGAGGCGGAUAAAGCGAAUGUCGAUAAUCUGUUGUUAAAAGAGUUCAUAUCGACGCAAUAUCGUACGAUACCACUUUUUAGCCUUGGAGAUUCCAUACCCAAUGUCUCUGCUAGUGAAACUAUGGCGUGGGAUAAGAUCAAGAGUAACCUUGACUUCAUCUUCCAAAGGCAUCUGGAACACCUUCUCACCGUUUGCGCGAUUCCCAUUCCCUCUUACCAGGGUAGCAAUAAUACGUGUGCUGUAGCCUUGACGUGUGGGGAUAUAUCAGCUCAUCGGAUCUGUACUUCAUCUAGUCUCUUUGCGUUUCUGUUCCUUCUCCAAGUAGACUCCUAUCUACGAUCAAUCGAGUCGCCUAAUGAAACAUACGUUUCAUCACUUCGAGAUAGAAUAAAAAAAGUAUGCGAAGGACAUUUGAUAUGGUUAAAUGAUGUAGAGCUGUCAGAAGGUCGUCUCUUCGAGCUUGGCUACAUGGCUAAUGGGAAAAGAAUAUCGGCGAAUGGAAGAUCGAGACACGCUAAUGAGUGGACAAGGAAUAAUCUUACAGAUACAGCAUUCCAAAUCAUCAAGGCAGGAGAAUUUGCCGAACAUUACAGUAAAGACUCUGGCAACAACGAGUGGCAGCUGGCUCGCAAAGUUGUCAGGCGGGUUUAUGGAAAUUGGAUAACGCAUCUAGAUAAGCUCGACGAGAGAGGCAAGUUUGUAUGGCCUAGAUAUCAAGGCGAGGAUCUCCGUAUCUUCCGCUUAGAUGACCAUGUCUGGGUUAUCAAGGCUCUUAAGCUAGCCGAACUCAUGAUCUUUUCCAAACAUACCGAAAGAGGUGUCCAAGAACAUGCGACUAGUGCACCAGAGAGGCGACCUAGGUUACCUUUAGAGAAGAAGUACUCUUACGCAAACGUACAAAAAGAAGUUGUACAACGAUUCGCCGUCCACAAUCAAAAUUAUCAAUCCAACAAGAGAAUGUUAGCUGUCACGAGAUCCAUGCAGGAAUCUAGGUUCUUGUUUCAUGCGCGAGAUACCGCGCUCUUCUACAACACCAACCAAAUGGAAUGGAAAGGGACGCAAUUUAUAGAGCUGUUAAAAAACACCAUUGACUCUCAAUCACAUCAUGUGGAUAGUGAAGAAUCUGGGUGGGAUAAUACACUUCGCUAUGCUUUAGCCAUUAUCGUGGGUACUUGUGGGUACAAAAUCAAUGCAAAGCCGUCAUUGGAAUUGGCCCAAUCAUCUAUGGAGGUCCUUUUCGGAAGCUUUAGUUCCAACGGGUUUGUUGCAGGGCUGCUAGACAAGGACACAAAGAAGCGGGUUUUAUUCGAAUACGAGGAAGAUGCAGACUCCUAUUAUCACGCCAGUUUUGAGAUACCCUAUAUUCUUCUUCGAUACGCUACCCAAAUUUACAGUCUUCAUGAGACGCAGCUGUCUGAGAUAACCACUUCGGACCCCUCAGCCACUGUAAAACCGACGACUGAUCUUGGUAAUUCUCAACAAACAAAGCUUCAGCAACGUCAGAGUAUCUUCGACAUAACUCUAGUCUCGAUACCGGCAAAUGAACAAAACCAACCAGCAAAAGUCGUAGAUGCUAUGAGAGCUCGAGCAAAUCUUACCAUGAAGAAAACUACACCUUUCAAUGACUUGGUUGAUAUAACAAAUAUUGUAGACCGUGAUGAUGAAUGGCUAUACAAUUAUCCCUCCAUAUUUUCGAGAAAUACUAAAAUCGAUUUAAAAGAAGCCUUAGCGUCGGCGCAACUGAGCGCGAAUUAUUCGGAAAUUAGUGGUAUCGUCAAAAAAGAAAUUAACCAUUUUCAUGGGAAUCUUUCUGAUGUAUGGAAAAGGGGUAAUUCCUGCUUUAUUGUUGAUAUCCAACAAACGAAACAUUCUGGAAGAUUGGGCGAGCGAGAUUACGGAGUCUAUCCAAACGAUGACAACUUGGAGUUUUGGCAAGCGCUCAAGAAACCCCGUACUCGAGAGCUAGCCAAGAAACGCUUGAUCUGGAUGCCUCUGGUUCGUGAGUUUCAAGCUCCUUUGUGCUACUUAGCCACCCCUGAAACCCAUCAGAUAUCGAUCUCUUUGUUUUUUGAUCGACAUGUGAAAAAUGAAAGUUAUUUCUUUGAAGAUACAGCUCUUGUAGAAAAUGCAUGGGAGACUGAGUUCCAUCUGAGUUUUUAUUCACUCAUCAAUUCAGAUCCCAAUCAUGCUGAAGGAAUGGCUACUUCAUCUGCAGAAGAGUUCCCGGGUACUGGGCAAAAAAAGAAGAUCGCUCUUUGUUCCAUGGGCUUCCGAUUUGAUGGCGAUAUUUUUGAUCGAUAUUGGACUGGUUAUUUUUUAGAGAAUGUUCCAGGUUUGUACAGAGAGGACCGUUUUGACUAUUAUCCAGGCAAAGGCCACCAACCCUUAUUCAUAGAAUCAAACAAUAAAGCCUACAGACAAAGAAAAGUACUCGAGCUCCUGUUCUUUGAUCGGAUGAUAGAACAGAUCGUCCGAUGCACCCAAGAAAUAUCUUACUCAAUUAGAGAGGAGUUGGGAAUGAAACAAAGCGCUUUAUCAUCUUCCAUUUUAAGUAGUGAGGAUUAUUUUACUUCGAGUGUCUUGUGGAACAAGUAUCAACACAUUUUACAUGUUAUUGAGGAGGAGCUCGAAUCUGCAAUUGGAGUUAUCGGGAAAUGGGAGAAGAGGGAGGAUGACCGGAAAGGGGAAGAACCUCGCUGGACGCGGAACGACGAGAUGAAAUACCGCGGUAUGAUCAACAAAUCCAAAGGCUCUACAAAAAGGCGAGUUAUGGAUCUACAUGUUGCAUAUAGAAAUAUCAAAACUCUGAGGGAAACUAUCGUAAAUAGCCAGGACCAAAUUCGCAAUGACUUGAGCCUCCAAGGAUCCGAGAAUAUUCGAUUCUUCACUUAUGUCACUGUCGUUUUCCUGCCUCUAGGGUUUGCAACAGGUAUUUUCAGCAUGAGCGGUGCGCCGGAUGGGAAGGUACUUGGCAGCAUGGCAGCGUGUGCUGUUGUCGCUCUCUUCCUAACGGUACUCGCUUUACUCAACGCUAAACAACUAGCUAAGAUCGUGGAUGACCUGUUCUCGGUGUAUCACAGACAUUCCCAAGCGAAAAUGGAACGGAGUUUUAUAGUCUACGACAAGAAGAUGCGGAGAAACACCUCUCAGGACGUUGAAGGAGCUGCCGUUGAAGAAGCUGACGAUGAGGGAGCUGAUGAUGAAGGAGCUGAUGAUGAAGAGGCUGGCGAUGAAGGAGCUGACGAAAACCAUGAUCGAGCCAAGCGUAAAACAAAUUCUCAUCACAAACAGCGCAAAAUACCUUCAAGGAUUGAGACUUGGACUCUCUUGUUUUGGGUUCACUAUUUUAGUAUUGAGCUCCCUGCCCGACGUGUCUUACUGGCAUCAAACAGCUUGAAAUCCAGAAAACCUACAUUUCUAACUCUGAUACACGUAUUCCUUGAAUUUAUGGUGUUUCAACUCACUCCGUCAUCAGCAGCGAUGCAGGACUCGGAUGACAAAUACAAGGAGCGCCUAAACGUGCUCAUACAUCCGCCAGAUGCAGCUCGUCCUAUGAAGCUACUAGUCCAAAGGCUCAAAGCUCUACGAGAGAAUGGAAAAAGAAAGAAGGAAUCGAACACGCCUGAAGAGAGGGAUUCCGAUAAUGAUUCAGAAAAUUGA